GCAACGACAGCCAUCCGGUCCUGUACCUGCCUCCCUUAGGACCGUACAAGGAAGAGGGCUGCACAUCCACUCAAUCUGAUUAACAGGAACCAGGAUUUUCAGGCACCAAAACCGGUGUUGAAACGGGAAUCUUGGUCCGAGCGCGGUUCCAGAGUAUUUUAAAUCUACUUAUCUUUAUAAAAUGCCCGUGAGAUUUUCAUGAAUACUAUGGAUCUGAAUUUAAAAGCAGGAUCAUGUUAUGCUGCCAGCAAGGGAAAUUCAACACAAUGUUCUGCUCCCCAGCUGUCUCUUCGAUAAGGCAGACCCAGGCUCUGGUUGGGGCCCAGGAGAAGUCCAAGGGAUCAACUCUUCGGGAUCUCCUCCUCAGGUGCAGAAGGACGGAGCUGAAGCUCAAGUCCCUGGUGUGCUGUCCUUUGCUUGAAGCUCCUAGGUGCCUAGCGUCAUGUCUAAGCAAAGCAAAGACGCUGUGCUAAACCGCCUGGUGUAUGACAAGCCGCUUGGCAGCAAGAUUCCCCGUCCUCCUUCCCCAGAUCUAGCAGAACAGCUCCCCAAUGUGCCCAGUUACCGACAUCCCAGCGCUUCCCGCAUCCCCGUCCUUGUCUCCAGGAAGCAGAGUCUUGCGAAGGGAGGAACGAAAUCCGUUCGCCAUUUAGUGCGUGCUGCUAAAGGACACCCUGCAGUCAAAGUGGAAGAUGUUGAUGCCAAGAGCGUGCCCAGGUUGGAGGAGAAACCCAACCCAGACCCCCCGCCAAUGUCCACCAAAUCUGCGGCUUCAUCCCCAGCCAAGUCUGAAACUCUCGCGGUCCCGCCUAGGACCGUGGGUCCAAGCAGAAAAAAGGAGCCUUCUCAGGGUGUUGAUGUCGAAGACCUACGGGAAUCAUCUCCUGCAGCUGCCUGGCCCAGUCAAUCCAGUCCUCAGGAAGAAAAGAAGGAAACUUCUCAGGGUGUUGAUGUCGAAGACCUACAGGAAUCGUCUCCAGCAGCUGCCUGGCCCAGUCAAUCCAGUCUUCAGGAAGACUUGGAGGAGCGGGCCAGCUCCUCUGCCAGCCAGAACAGCGCGGUCAUAAAUGACCGGCUUCAGGAGCUUGUGAGGCUCUUCAAGGAGAGGACGGAGAAGGUGAAAGAGAAACUGAUUGAUCCGGAUGUCACCUCUGAUGAGGAAAGCCCCAAGCCAUCUCCAGCCAAGAAAGCCUCAGAGCCUCCACCUCCAGAAAAAGAGGCUGAAGCGGAAAAAGCUAAAGAGGAGCACUACUGUGAUAUGCUGUGCUGUAAAUUUAAGUGUCGGCCAAUUAAAAGCUACCAGUUCCCAAAAAGCAUCGACCCGCUCACCAAUCUGAUGUACAUCCUGUGGCUGUUCUUUGUGGUUUUGGCCUGGAAUUGGAACUGUUGGCUGAUUCCAGUCCGCUGGGCUUUUCCGUACCAAACCCCUGACAAUGUUCAUCUCUGGAUGCUAAUGGACUACUUCUGUGACUUCAUCUACUUGCUGGACAUCACUGUCUUCCAGACCCGACUGCAGUUUGUCAAAGCAGGAGAUGUCAUUACUGAUAAAAAGGAAAUGAGAAAAAACUACCUAAAAUCACAACGUUUCAAGAUGGAUGUGAUCUGUCUCCUGCCCCUGGAUCUCUUCUACUUGAAAGUUGGUGUUAAGCCUCUCCUACGUCUGCCUCGCUGUUUAAAGUACAUGGCCUUCUUUGAAUUUAAUAACCGCCUUGAAGCUAUCCUAAGUAAGGCGUAUGUUUACAGAGUUGUACGUACCACAGCCUAUUUACUCUACAGCUUACACUUGAACUCGUGCCUGUAUUACUGGGCUUCCUCUUUCCAGGGAAUAGGUUCCACCAGCUGGGUUUAUGAUGGAGUGGGAAACAGCUAUAUUCGCUGUUACUACUGGGCUGUUAAAACUCUGAUUACCAUUGGUGGAUUACCUGACCCUCAGACUCUCUUUGAAAUCGUUUUUCAACUUCUGAACUACUUCACAGGAGUCUUUGCUUUCUCUGUUAUGAUAGGCCAGAUGAGGGAUGUAGUCGGAGCGGCAACGUCUGGACAGACAUAUUACCGAAGUUGUAUGGACAGCACGGUUAAAUACAUGAAUUUCUACAAAAUCCCCACAUCCGUACAGAAUCGGGUUAAAACCUGGUAUGAGUACACAUGGCAUUCCCAAGGAAUGUUGGAUGAGUCAGAGCUGAUGGAACAGUUGCCUGAUACAAUGAGACUGGAUAUUGCCGUUGAUGUAAAUUAUGACAUAGUCAGCAAGGUGGCCCUCUUUCAGGGCUGUGACAGGCAAAUGAUUUUUGAUAUGCUGAAGAGGCUCCGCUCUGUUGUCUACUUACCCAAUGAUUACGUUUGCAAGAAGGGGGAAAUCGGCAGGGAAAUGUACAUUAUCCAAGCUGGGCAAGUCCAGGUGCUGGGAGGACCUGAUGGGAAAACUAUACUGGUGACUCUGAAAGCUGGAUCCGUAUUUGGAGAAAUAAGCUUAUUGGCGGUUGGGGGUGGAAAUCGCCGAACAGCGAAUGUGGUGGCCCAUGGAUUCACCAACCUUUUCAUUUUGGACAAGAAGGACUUGAAUGAAAUUUUGGUGCAUUAUCCGGAGUCCCAGAAGUUGCUUCGAAAGAAGGCCAGGAGGAUGCUACGGAAUAAUGCCAAACCGAAAGAAGAGAAAAGGUCUCUCAUUCUUCCGCCGAGAGCUGGGACCCCCAAACUCUUUGCAGCUGCUCUGGCAGCGGCAGGGAGGAGCAAAGCAGGUGGAGGGCAAGGGGGUAGACUGGCCCAUUUAAGAGCACGACUGAAAGAGCUGGCUGCACUAGAGGCAGCUGCAAGGCAGCAACAGGAACAGGAGCAGGCUGGUACUUCUGGUGCACCUGCUGCCUCAGGACCACCGGGACCAUCCUCUGCUUCAAGACCCCUGGGAUCGUCUGCCCCUUCAAGACCCCCGGGAUCAUCUGCAUCUUCGGGACCCCUGGGGCCACCUGCUCAGGUCCCACCAGGACCACUGAUUCACCGCCCUCGACCCUCUUCCUCCCAGAAGCCCGAGGAGGCCGACGACGAAGAAGUUGUCUCGGAGUCCGCAGAUCACUCGAUCCGUAUCCGUAUGAGUCCGGCCCCCGAAAGCGACGAACAGAUCCUUUCGGUGGAAGUUCCAGAGAAGAAGAAAGACAAAUGAGACAGACUCCAGCCUUCCUAGAAGGCCAUCCCCAUAAGUUCCACCUGGCCAACUUCGUCGUAGAGAAGCUUUGAGCCUCCACUGGAUUCAACAGGCUGUCUUCAUAUGUGCUGUCUUUUCUGGGUUCUUAGUCUGCUGCUGUUGCUCUCUGAAUAAAGGUUACUUUAAAUAUAA